GAUGCCCGGGGGUGGUCGGUCCGGGUGGAGCCGGCGCUGCUCUGCUCCUUCCUGCUGCUCGCCUGCCUGGAGGCCUUCAGGUGGUCCAGGUGCGCGAGGAGGCGGGGCCGGAGACCCCCGGGGCCGUUCCCCUGGCCCCUGGUGGGCAACGCCAUGCAGCUGGGCCGCUCCCCGCACCUGACCUUCGCCAGGAUGGCCCGGCGCUACGGCGACGUCUUCCAGAUCCGCCUCGGCCGGUACGACAUCGUGGUGCUGAACGGCGAGGCGGCCAUCCGGCAGGCGCUGGUCAAGCAGAGCGCGCAGUUCGCCGGGCGGCCCGACUUCGCCUCGUUCCGGGCGGUGUCCGGCGGCCGGAGCGUGGCCUUCGGGCGCUACGGGGCCGCGUGGCGGGCGCACCGGCGGAUGGCCCAGGCCACGGUCCGGGCGUUCUGCGCGGCCGACGGGCGCACCGGGCGGCUGUUCGAGCAGCACGUCGCCCGGGAGGCCACCGACCUGGUGCGGGAGUUCCUGCGCCUCGGGGCGCGCGGGUCCGGCGGCGGCGGCGACGGCGGCGGCGGCUUCGACCCGUCCCGGGAGAUCGUGGUGGCCAACGCCAACGUGCUGUGCGCCCUGUGCUUCGGCCAACGCUACGGCCACGGCGACGCCGAGUUCCGGGACCUGCUCGGCCGCAUCGAGCGCUUCGGGCAGACGGUGGGCGCCGGCAGUCUGGUGGACGUCAUGCCGUGGCUCCAGGCGUUCCCCAACCCGGUGCGCACCCUGUACCGGGACUUCAAGCGGCUCAACCAGGAGUUCUUCGGGUUCGUCAGCGGCAAAGUGGGGCAGCGCCGCCGGACCUUCGUCCCCGGGCGCACCCGGGACAUGAGCGACGCCUUCAUCGCCGUCGUGGACGGGGCGGCGGCGGCGGGGCACGGGCUCAGCGGGGAGCACGUGGAAGGGACCGUGAACGACGUGAUGGGGGCCGGGCAGGACACCACGUCCACGGCCCUCGGGUGGGUCCUCUUCCACCUGAUCCGCCACCCCGACGUCCAAGCCCGGCUGCAGGAGGAGAUGGACCGGGCGGUGGGCCGGGGCCGGCUGCCCGGCACCGGGGACCGGGGCCGCCUGCCUUACCUGCAGGCGUUCAUCCACGAGGUGUGCCGCUUCACCAGCUUCGUGCCGCUGACCAUCCCUCACGCCACCACCUCGCGCGUCACCCUCCACGGCUACGACCUGCCCGAGGACACGGUGGUCUUCGUGAACCAGUGGUCGGUCAACCACGACGGGGCCAAGUGGAAGGAGCCGGAGACCUUCGAGCCCGGACGGUUCCUGGACCCGGACGGCAGCGUGAACCGCGCCCUGGCCGACAGCGUCAUGAUCUUCUCGGCCGGGAAGCGCCGCUGCCUCGGGGACCAGUUGGCCAAGACGCAGAUGUUCCUCUUCACGGCCAUCCUGAUCCACCAGUGCGCCUUCGAGGCGAACCCCGGGGACGUCCUGAGCCUGGACUGCCUGUACGGUCUGUCGCUCAAGCCGCUGCCUUUCAAGCUGCGGGUGAGACUGAGGGACACUUACCGUGGGGUAGGGUCGCCAGCGUGAACCCCCCCCCACACACACACACAGAGAAGCAUUCAACAGGGACAGG